GUCCUGCAAGGAGAGCGCGAGAGAGAGAGAGAAAAAAUGCGCUCGAAUAGCAUUAUUAUUGGUCUGCUGAUUAUUUGUCUGGCUUACGCACAUGGGCAAUUUUGGAAACAGUCGCAAAACGAUUAUCAGAGCUGGGUGCGUGAGAUGGUGGCAAAUCGUGAGUCGGGCAUCUGCUACAAAACAGUAUACGUUGAUACCUUGAAUCCUGAGAUCAGAAUACGUCAAUUUUCACAUUGCUGUGAGGGCUAUGUUAAACGUCAGAAUUCCAAUUCUGCUACUUUGCACUGUGAGCCCAUCUGCAAUCCGGAAUGCACUAACGGUGUAUGCAUCGCGCCAGGAAACUGUGAGUGUGGGCCAGGAUAUUUUAGAGAUUCAGAGGGGGAGGGACAGUGUCGCAAAUAAUGAGAAAAACCUGAACCAAUAAUCGGAUAAUAAUACAAAAUAAUGUUUGUUGCAAUUAAAAUAAAUUCCAU